AGAGAGAGACAGAGAGAGAGAGAGAUGUAGAGACAGGAAGCCUCCACUGCUACUGAGCCAGUGAGACGCAGGCAGGCAGAGAGAGAAGACGGAGGGAGAGGAGGCCCUCGGCGUCUCCCGGGCCGGUCCAAUGAGGGGGUGAGGGGCUCAAGAGCAAUACAGCAGGGAGGGAUAGUGGGAGGAGAAGCAGAUACGGGAGGGGAAAAUGUCAAGGGCAAUAAAAGCAGGAAAAGGGGAGUGGGUGGGUGGGUCCUGAGGUAUGGAUGGAAAAAGAAGAUAAAAGUUUUGUAGACAGAGCCAGAGAGAGAGAGAGCGAGAGGGAGGGAGGAAAAGGGACUGAACGUAGAGCGGAUUGAGACUACGUUAAUGGGAAAGGUAGUAGAGGAUUCAUGGAAAAAGAAGAGGAAGCACUCUGUCUCAGGAGUCCUCCUGUUCGUCUUCUGCUUCUUCCUCCCUCCCUGAGGCUGCCGGACAUCAUCCAUCACUAUGUUCUCUGACAGCAGGGCUCCGGCGCCGGGGGAGCAGAGAGGCUUCAAGCCCCACGCCCCCAACUUCAUCCCUUGGCUGCGCAGUAGUCUGAAGCCCCACCACGGCGGUGACAUGGGCCUCAACGGACCGUACAAAUCCAGCUCAGAGGCCCGGAACAACCUGAGCCCGCUGGAGAGAGCCAAAGGGAUCGGGUUCUUCUCCAUGCAGGGAAAGGAGCGGGCAAAGAAAGGGGAGGUUCGGUGCAAGAGCGUGGGGAUGGCGAGGAUGCUGCCAGUGGUGCUGCGGGGUCACCACAUUCUGCCGGGGAGUCAUCAGAGGGAGGACCGUCCUGCCUUUUGGACACAGCCUCCAAAGACGGACCCGCUCGCCAACGCGCAGAGCACUGCUGCGGAGGACGGGCAGCAGGGUGCGAGCGACACCUCCGCAUCGGCCCAGGACAACCACGCCUUGGUCGGGAACCAAAGCUGCCACCUGGGUGUCCUUGAGUCUCAGAACGACGGGACUGGCACCGUGGUCAGGAAAUAUGGGCCACUAGUGAGACCCCCUCCUGUUCCCGUUCCUGCACUGCUCAUUGAAGAGCCGAACCGCAAGGCGCCUGUUGCGGUGCACACGGAGGACGUGAGGGGGAAGGUGUUGGACUACGCCAGCAGAACCACCUACCGCAGGAGAGACCUCCACUCAUCCAGCUGGGUGAGCUCGGACACUCAGGGAAUGGAAAGGCAACGCGGCUUCACUUCCGGCUUCAGGAACUCUCAGAGCCAGAGAGACCUGAGGGAACCAUACGUUGAGCCUUUCAACAGGCCCCUCAACGGAGUCCUCUUCUCCACCGAGGUUCCUCUGAGAGGCCUGAGCUGCACCACCACUCUACGAGGUCCCAGGAAACCCAGGGCGAGCUUUGAGCGUACCACGGGGGCCCAGGGCCAGAACCAGGCAAGGGUGCAAUACAGGCCGACCAAGGGAGGGGAGUUACAGAGGAAGGAAUCGGGCUGCAGCAGGAAGGUGGUGCGAAACCAGAUCAAACGGGUGGUGGAUAACCUGGAGCAAGUUCUUACAGCGCUGAGGGACGUUCACCAGGAAAUGAAAGAGGUGGUGCAGCAGAUUGACAAUCUAACUUCAGCUAUUGAUCUGAAUGCGGAGGAGCCCGAGAGAGGCGACAGCGACUCCAGUUCCGGUUCGACUUUGAGCGAGGCGACGGUGGGCCGCGUCCAUCGGAGGCCCUCGGUGCCCGAAGAGCAGCCUGGAACCUCAGACUCAUCGGGCAGCCUCGGGAGGGGUCCUCACGGCAGGAGCCAGUCCCCACCGCAUGUGCCGCUGUGCCCCGUCACCUCUGGGUUCUCGACAGUGCGGGGUCGAACUCUUCGGCUCACCUCCACUUUGGGGUCUUCUCCGAGACGCGGUGGGACGCUGCGGCGCGACGCCACUCUGUCUCCCCAACGAAGCCUCCCCGUUCGGCCUCCUACCCCCGGCCUCUCCCCCUUAACAGUAAACCUCCACCACCACAACAGCCCUGGGUCUCAACCUCACUCCCCGGGGGCGUCCUCCUCCAGCAGGGUCAGCCCCGUCUCCCCGCUGUCUCCGAAGCCUCACCCGCCCCCCGCGUUCAGCCCUUCUGUCGCCGCAGAGAACAAAAUCUGUACUUUUCAGGCCCCACAAAGUGGCCCCCCAUCUGCCGGUCUGCUCUCUCCAUCAUCCGCCCCGCGUCCGUCUGUCAGCUGCCCGCCGACCGGCUCGACUCAAGCUGUGUCCGACACCGAGAGGGAGAGGCGGGUGUCCUCAGCAGGACCCGCUCACGCAAUUUCACAGGUGCGAUCUGCCCCCGUGGACCGCAGAGGUCGCAAGCCUCCCCCGUACCCCCACCGGGGAUCCUCUGAGCACACAAAGAAAGCGAAGGAGCCCCGCAAAGCUCCUCCGUACCCCGAGAAAAGGAGGCUGCUCUCUACCACCGUGUGAGACAACGCAGCAUGGGGGGUGGGAGGCUGAUCGAAACCAAGCCAAGUUGAGCCGAGACCAAGUUUCCAAGGUGACGGGUCGCAAGCGCAACUUGGGGGAGCAUCAACGGUGGGGACACGAGCCGAGCCGGGCCGGGCGCUACCUCAACUCUAGGGGGAUCACCACCGGAUGGACGACCGGGUCCGAGCCCCAACCAAACGAGGGCACGGAGCCAGAGCAGGAGGAGGAAACAUGUGCUCUCGCUAAUGACAGAAUGUCAGGACUGCCCUUGCUGGGGGAAGGAGGCGUGUCAACGCGCGCCUCCCUCCAGCGACGACCGCAUCGGACGCGGGCAGACCUCCGCUGAGUGGCCGAGCUCGGGACGCACAUUAACCUUCGUUGAGGCGCCACGUGCAAAGACAACGAGACUUUGAGAAUUUAAGCUUUUCUGUCUCUUGGCCUCCGUCGGUUUGACACGGCCGGUCGUAGCCGGGACGCAGCUCGAACAAUCAUCAAAAGGACGUUGGACCAAAAGAAAUGUCACGGACAUGCGGCGCGCAUGUGAUGGGUUGCCAUGGAUACACGAGUGGAGGGGGAUGCGAGGCAAAGCAAUAGACGGGUCCAAAGUGCAAGUGACAGCGUGUUUUAUUCAAUUCUACUCAGGACUGUGUGGUCAGGUGCAUUCAGCGGCGCGCUGUAAUAAAUAAAUUGAAAAAACGGUGAAAGUUUUUUCUAACUGACUGUUCAAUUUAAAGCGGAAACAAUCUAUUAGUUGACAGAAAAUGCUAAACAUUCUCUGGUUUCAGCUGCACACUUUUUUUGCUCUAGAUCAUUAUCAAUUAAAUAUAUUUGGGGUUUUAGACUGUUUGGGUCUUUUUUAUAAAAUACAUUUAGCAAAUGAAAAAAUGAUUAAUCACUGAAUUGCUAAUAAAAAAUAAUUGUUUGAAGCAGA